AUGUUCUUAAGUGGAUAUGGAAAUACGCCUGAAACUUUAGUUUUGGGCCCACCUAAUGUAACUACGUAUAUGGCAGAAAGCUGUAUAAAUAAUUUAACUUUUGAAUUAACCUUCGAACCAGAACUCCUCAAUUCUCCCCAAUAUCCUGAUGAUGUUAAGGCUCGUGCUAAGGCUGUUUUGGGCUGUUGUCAAGGAGGUUCCGUCGGUUCUUAUACUGACUCUGCUGGUUUGGAAGUUGUACGCAAACAAGUAGCUGAUUUCAUUACCCAACGUGAUGGUGUACCUUGUGAUUGGCAUAAUAUCUUUUUGACUGCCGGUGCUUCUCCCGGCAUCAGUGUAUUGGCUUUGAUUAGAUGUCAUGUUGAUGGCAAGCCACGUGUUAUGGUACCCAUUCCCCAAUAUCCUUUGUACUCGGCCACCAUUGCUGAGUAUGGCAUGCAAAAGGUUGACUAUUAUUUGGAAGAAGAAACUGGCUGGAGUCUAAGUCGCAAGGAAUUGCAACGUUCCUAUGAUGAGGCUAAAAAGACUUGUAAUCCACGUGCCAUUGUUGUUAUCAAUCCCGGCAAUCCCACCGGUCAAGUUUUGACCAGACAAAACAUCGAAGAAAUUAUUAAAUUUGCCUAUGACAACAACUUAGUUGUAUUGGCCGAUGAAGUGUAUCAGGACAAUGUUUACGAUAAGGAUUCAAAAUUCUUCUCCUUCAAAAAGGUCAUGACCGAAAUGGGUGGUCCCUAUAAAGAUAUGGUGGCCAGCUUUAUGUCUACCUCAAAGGGUUAUUUGGGUGAAUGUGGUAUUCGUGGUGGUUAUAUGGAAAUCAUCAAUAUGUGUCCUAAGGUUAUGGCCAUGUUGACCAAAUCUAUCACCGCUUCUUUGUGUGGUACCACUGCCGGUCAAGUAGCUGUCAGUGCUUUGGUCAAUCCCCCCAAGCCUGGUGAGCCUUCCUACAAUCAAUACAUCAAGGAAAGAGAUGGUAUUUUGGGCGCUCUUAAGGAACGUGCUGAAUUGGUCUACAACACUUUGAGCAGUUUUGAGGGCUACAAAGUUAAUAAAGUACAAGGUGCCAUGUAUGUGUUCCCACAAAUCGAAAUUCCUCCCAAGGCUAUCGAAAUCGCCAAAUCCAAGAAUAUGGCCCCUGAUACUUUCUACGCCUCUGAAUUGCUAGAAUCUACUGGUAUUUGCAUCGUUGCUGGCAGCGGUUUUGGCCAAAAACCCGGUACCUAUCAUUUCCGCAGCACCAUUUUACCUCAAACCGCCGUCUUGAAAGAUAUGAUGAACAAAUUCCAAAAAUUCCAUGCUGAAUUUAUGCAAAAAUAUAAAUAGAUUAAUUUUUUUAUAUUAAAAUGUUAAUAAUUCUUUUUUCCUGUUAAACGUGAUUUUGUAAAAAUUUUACACUAAGCUCUACUAAGUGUGAAAUUAGUUUAUUUAGUUCUUUAUUUGUCUUUAUUUUCAUUUACAAAAAAUAUCUUGUUAAUUUUUAUUUAUAUGUAUGUAUUUUAAAAAUAUAUAUACUAAUUAAUAACUAAUAUAAAACAUAUUUCAUAUUUAGAUUAAAAAAAAAACGAAACCCAAACAUUUAGCCAAACAUGAGAUUUUCUUGCAGAUUAUUAGUAUUUUAAUUUUAUUCAUAUCGCUUGUUCAUAUCACCCGUAGUCAAUCGGCCAAUUUGAACGAUGAAAUGACAUUGUCUUUUUGUUUUUUGUUAUAUUUAACAAUUUCACAAAUGUAUCGAUGUGAAUUCUAAAUUCUGUAUUUUGUAUAAUGAUUUAAUUAAAGACGGACAAUAAUUUUGUUUAAUUUCUGAUAAAGGAACAAAACUAUAAUGAUGAAAAUGUACGUAUAUAUAAAAAAAGAUAUAAUAAAGUUUGCAAUUAAGUUAUUCGAAAAAACUGUAAAA